AUGACGUCGUUUCUGGAAAACAUGAACGACACAGUGACUAAGGCUUACGACGAGGGUUUCCCUCUCCUCAUGCCGAGAUGGGGAUACGUGGCUUCCGCUUUUGUGCUCUUCCUAAUCGGCUUCUUUGGGUUUUUCCUCAACUUGAUGGUCAUUCUCCUCAUGUUCAAGGAUCGACAGCUCUGGACACCGCUGAACAUAAUACUCUUCAACCUCGUCUGCUCGGACUUCUCCGUGUCCGUUCUCGGGAAUCCAUUCACUUUGAUCUCGGCUCUGUUCCAUCGUUGGAUCUUCGGGCACACAAUGUGCGUUCUGUAUGGAUUCUUCAUGGCAUUACUUGGUAUAACUUCAAUUACAACGUUAACGGUCAUAUCUUUUGAGCGAUACCUGAUGGUAACCAGGCCGUUGACAUCUCGCCACCUAAGUUCGAAAGGAGCGGUUCUGUCCAUCAUGUUUAUCUGGACGUACUCGUUGGCCCUGACCACGCCGCCGCUGUUGGGAUGGGGAAACUAUGUCAACGAGGCCGCCAAUAUUAGUUGCUCCGUGAAUUGGCACGAGCAGUCCACGAACACUUUGACGUACAUCAUGUUCCUGUUCGCGAUGGGACAGAUCCUGCCGCUGUCUGUGAUCACCUUCAGCUACGUCAACAUCAUCAGGACCUUGAAACGAAACUCGCAGCGUCUAGGUCGAGUGAGCCGAGCCGAAGCACGCGCCACCGCCAUGGUUUUCAUAAUGAUCAUCGCGUUCACCGUAGCCUGGACACCCUACUCUCUCUUUGCUCUGAUGGAACAGUUCGCCACUGAAGGCAUUGUAUCGCCCGGGGCGAGUGUGAUACCGGCACUGGUAGCGAAGAGUUCUAUAUGCUAUGACCCUCUCAUCUACGUCGGUAUGAAUACACAAUUUCGUCAAUCUAUCAAACGUAUAUUUGGCAUUCAUACCAAAUCGAAAAACUCGCACACCGAAAGAGGCUAUAAUAAUACUCUGAUGUCUCCAGCUCACAAACUAUCGCUGAAUAAUACGAAAUUUAAUUCUGAAACUAAUUCAUCAACCGCAACUAAAACUUUGAAAGACAAGAGAGUCUUCUACGAAGAUGCAUCUGAUGUUACUAAUCAAGAAUACCAUAGGCAGUAUACUAGGAACCCGGAUUUGUGUACCAUACAAGAAAAUAAGACCGUAUCGGAUACUGAUCGCUCAGGGGAGUCCGCCUAUGACGAUUCUAGCAGCAACAGAAAAAUUGAUAUGUUCGGUGAAUCUUGCAGAGCCGUCAACGAAAAAUCUCCUGUACUGACAAUAAUGGAUUCUGAGAGAUUACUCUUUAGUAAAGUGCCAUGUCGCAAAGAUGACGAAACAGAAGCAUCAUCGUCCAAUGUAUACGGUAAUACAGCUUUUGAAGAACACGCUACUGAUGAUACUAUGAAUGAUAAUAGUAAUGCUGAGAACGAUUACAAGAACUAUGUGAGACACAAGAUGAUACGGCAAAGUUUCUCUUUAGAUUUUCCACGGUAUUCAAGCGAAAACAAAAAAAGGAAAUUGUCAAUUGAAACAAAACUGGAAAGUUUGAUGCAACCGAAGAGUUUUCUCAAAGGCACAAUUAGUAAGCUCUUCGAUCACGAAUACAAACAGGGCCACGAUAGCUUCAAAAGUUAUUUGUGUGAUAAAAGUGGCACGGGAAAUGACGAGUUGUAGUUCAAUCUAAGUAAUCGUCCUACGGGAUAAUUGGUAAAUGAAUUAUCGAAUAAAAGUCUCCUGAUUCUUUACAGUAAAUGAUGCCACCGAAGAUAUAGGCACUUUUGCCAUUUGUGGUUUGUAAGAUAAAAUUAUGACUUUGUCUCCGCUGUCUCUUCUCUAAUCAGACCGAGUCGGUACCAAUUUAGGCCAGAAAGGUGCUGAAACGAGACACGUAAGUACGUAAAUUAAUAAGAAUGAGAAUGUAAAUUAAAGAUCUGUGAUAUAGAUACGAGUGCCAAGAAAUAAGAAACCAGAAAAAUGUACUUAUGAGGUAGGUAAAUUAGAAUUUAAAUACGGGCAAGAAGGAAAAGCCAUAUUGGAGGGUAGAAAAAAACAUUUAAUUUGCUGUAAUACGUAAUCAUACAUAUUUUAAAAUAUUUUGGACUUCAUUAAUUUAUAACACGUACUUAAAUGAAUAAUUGAAUUGUAUUUAAACUAUUGAAGGGUGCUUGAAGAGGCUCUAGAGGUCCAGAAUUUAUCAAGUUGCUGUGGGAUAUUUUGCAUUUUGUAUAAAUGGUCGUAGAAUUUAAUAUAAUACUGCAUUCAACGAAUGCUAUUUAUAUAUUGCGAUUGUCAUUUGGUGACUUAACCAUUUUUAGUGAUAUAAGAAUUUAAGAAAAGAUUAUAUUAUUAGACGAAUAAUUUUAUGUAAUUAACGUUGAAUAUUUGGAAUGUCAAUUGAACUUAUUAACGUGUAAGAUUUAUUAUAUCAAUAUAAUUAUAAAAUUGUUAUAUUAUAUUCAUUCACAUUUUAUUCUGGUACUUUGAAUGAGUACUGAAAAAAGUGUAAUUUUUAAUGAAAUUUGCUCAAUGAUUAUUGCGGAUAGAAUAUUCCAAAUUGACGGCUAACGGUGGAGUGGUACAAGAAAAAAAAUAUUUAUUGUUCGGCGGCUUAGAGUAGGUUAAGAAAAUUAUUAUUUGCUAUUGUAAAAAGAUUGUGUGAUAUUAUAAAAAAAAUGGAAUUAUGUUGGAUUUACUAAUUUAGUUAUCAUCAAAAAUUUUUGACUCAAUCAACUAUUUUUUAUUUUAGAUUAAGGACGUAUUAGAAUUCGGUGUGCUCAUGUCUUGCUUAAAAUGCUUAAUUAAAAUUAAU